AUGAGGCGUGGAAUCCCAAAUGUUAUUUCCCUAUCUGAAACUGAGCUGAAGAUUCGUAACUUGCUUGUUGAUUAUUGUAACCACUACAACGCAUCUCAUCAGGACAAGCCAUUGACUUUGAGAAUCACAGGAGGAUGGGUUAGGGACAAAUUACUUGGAUAUGACAGUCAUGAUAUUGACAUUGCCGUUAAUCACCUUUCUGGGGAAGAGUUUGUUCACAAUUUUCAGAAAUAUUUAAAGACAAAGGACCCACAAUUUUCAGUUAACCAUGUACAUACAAUAAAGAUGAAUCCGGAAAAGUCAAAACAUUUGGAGACCUGCACCACAAAGUUGUAUGGAAUUGAUUUAGAUUUUAUCAAUUUGAGAUCAGAAGAGUAUGCACAUGAUAGCAGAGUGCCAACAAUUGAGUUUGGCACGCCACUUCAGGAUGCAUUGAGACGUGAUGCCACAUUGAAUGCAUUGUUUUAUAAUCUCAAUGAGGAAAAAAUUGAAGACUUUACAGAACGGGGGAUGAAUGAUUUGGAUAACGGUAUAUUAAGGACACCACUACCGCCAAUAAAGACUUUUUUGGAUGACCCAUUGCGUAUUCUUAGAUUAAUACGAUUUGCAAGCAAGUUUAACUUUGCAAUUGAACCAGAGACUUUAGAUGCAAUGAGGGAAAAACACAACCAACAGGCUCUUCUGACAAAGAUUAGCAAAGAGAGGAUAGAGAUAGAAUUGAGGAAAAUAUUAACAAGUCAUAACCCGAGCUAUGGAUUGCAAUUGAUAAACUACUGCGAUCUCAGUAAAAGUAUAUUUUUCGUUGAAGAGCUCAAGAAAGAGUUUGAUGUUUACCAGUUGGAAUUGGCCUUGAGUAAGAUUCCCCACCAAAUCAAUGUUGCAAGUACAAUCUAUCUCACCUUUGAACAGCUCAUUCUCAACUCAAAGAUCAAAUCAGUGUUUAAAAAGUUUGUGGUAGACAGUGACAUGAGGUUCAACUUUUGGCUUUCAGUUAUCCUACACCCAUACUCUAUAGUCACAACAAAAUCAAAAGACAUAUACAACCAAUAUUUGAGAUUGGGAUUAAUGGCGAAAAAGAGUGACAUCACUAAGAUUUCCGCAAUUGCCAUGACGAGCAAUAAAACGCUAAAAAGGUAUUUCAGCAACCCAGAUAGUGUAAAAAGAUCGGAUUUGGGGAUCUACUUGAGACGUUUCCCUGAAUAUAUAGACCUAAACUUGAUUGUUCAAUGUUAUCUUGAAUGCGUGGAUGCUAUACGAGUUGAGACUCCAGUGGAGAUUCCCGUACCCAACCAUAGCGUUCAAUGCACCAGUGAUCAGGUUAAAACAAUUCAAGGUGUCAUUCACAAAUAUGAGUCAUUGUACUCCACCAUUGACUCGCUGGACCUUUCACAAGUGCAUCUUAUGAAACCACUUUUAGAUGGGAAUCAACUAGUAAAGUAUCUACAAAGAAAGCCAGGACCAUGGAUGAAGCCUGCUAUGGAUAAUGUUCUUGUCUGGCAAUUGGAUCAUCCUCAGGGUACCAAAGAAGAAUGUAUAGAGUUUAUAAAAUCAAACACUGUGGAAUAA